AUGUUUACGUUCGAUCUGGCUUUCACUUCAUCCUCUGUCCAUCAGGAGCCUGCGGAAGAGGACUCAGCGAUGUUGACCAGGUUAAACCAGCGCCGCCUGCUGUCUGCCUACGUUUUGGAGGAGUUUGAGUUCCCUUCCGAUGUCCGUUUCCAUGAGCUGCCACUUUUCCCUGAAUGGCACCUGCCUGUCAAACUCAUGGUCGUCCUUAUGGCUGUGACAUUCCUGUACACGUUCCUUAGGGAUGUGUUGCAGCCCUACGUGUCCCAGAGUCGAAAUGACUUCUACAAAAUCCCCAUCUUGGUAAUGAACAAAGUCUUGCCUUGGACUUCCAUAACUCUGCUGGCUACGGUGUACCUCCCUGGAAUACUGGCCUCUCUCCUGCAGCUGCACAGAGGCACUAAGUACAGUCGUUUCCCUGCGUGGCUGGAGAGAUGGAUGUCUAUGAGGAAGCAGCUAGGUUUACUGGCCUUCCUAUUGGCCUGUUUGCAUGCUAUCUACAGCCUGAGCUAUCCAAUGAGACGCUCUUACAGGUACAAGCUCCUAAACUGGGCGUAUCAGCAGGUUAAGCAAAGUAAGGAGGACUCUUGGGUGGAGGAUGACGUGUGGAGGAUGGAGAUUUAUGUCUCUUUGGGAAUUCUUGGUUUAGGAGUGUUGGCUUUGGUGGCCAUCUCUUCGUUGCCUUCAGUCAGUGACACUCUUAACUGGAGGGAGUUCCAGUGUGUCCAGAGGAUCUUGGGAUACACAGCCCUGUUCCUCUGCACUGCUCAUGCCCUGAUCUAUGGCUGGAGGAAGUGGGUGGAGUCUAAGUACUUUGUGUGGUACACACCUCCAUCUUUCAUCCUGGCCUCCUUUCUCCCUGCUCUGGUCUUAUUGGUUAAGGCUGUUUUGACCCUGCCCUGUCUAGACAGGAGACUGGAGCUCAUCCGCGGAGGCUGGGAAAGGCCAGGACGCAAGCGAGAGAGGGAUUCCCUUUGA